AUGGCGGACGACAGUGAACAGGAGGUCACAGAAAGUAUCUCUUUGGAUCAUGAAGGCUUGUGGAAAGGAAAGUAUUUUACCCUUCUUAAAAACUGCAGGCAGAUAGAACAGGUGAGAUUAUGUUCUUUAAGAAUAUGCCAACCGCCUUCGAAAAAAGGUACACUAAAAGUCUUUUGAAUUACAAGAAUUGAUGUUCUUUCAGGAGAACGAGAGAUUGGUGAAUCGAAUUUAUCACGUUAAGAGUCUCCUUAAACGUUACCGAAAACAACGAAGGUAGGAAUGGUGCCGUUAUUGUCUCUAUAUUGUUUUAUUCAGAUUACAUAUUUUUUUGAUGUAACUCAUUCAAUGAAACAGAGAUGACGUGAUGAUUUUAGACUAUGUUGGUUUAGAAUCAAGCUUUGACACUAUGACACUAUUCAUAUUUAAGCCUUCCCAUCUCCCCCUGGCAUUUGUCCGGCAUUUUUCUAGUGCUGUUUUCCCAUGGUGGGUAUUUGUCUUUAAGGCCUGCCAGAGUGGGGAAUUCGUCAUAUAUGAAUGUCUAAUUUUUCACCGCUUUGAAAAGGGAAAAUAUAUGACACAUAAAAAGUAAACAAAAAGAAACUUAAUAUUAAAGGUAGAUUAUAUCUCUAAAGGAUCUUGAAAAAUUGGGUUGUAAUAGAUAUUUUCUUUGCCGAACACUAACCAGGUGAAAGUUAUUUUGAAGAGAAGAUAACCCUCUUUUGGAGAAAGGCUAAGAACAGCUUUGGGAAGGUUGCAAAGAAUUUCAAGAGAAAUCGUCUUUGUUUGCAAGGAAUGCCAUGGCAAGGUUUAACUGUAUAAAGUGACACUUUGGAGGCCAAAUUACAUUUUUUUUUUUGUCAUGGUAAAAUAAUUGCAUGGUCAAGAUGAUCUUAUUUUAUUAAAAAAUCUAAGGUCUGUCUGAAAAAUUAGGAAAACUCUCAGUUAAUUCUAUUCUGUAUUGUGGCUGUAUUGUAGUUAUGAAGCAUAUUGUUCGUCUUUUUCAGUUUCACCUAUGCCAUGAAUUGGCAUUUUUUUUUUGGCUUUCAUUACUUUUACGGGACUGUAGCUUUAUAAGUCAUUGCCCGAGCAAAAUGACGAGUUUAAAACAAGGAAAAAAGUACUGUCACAUCAGUUCGACAACAAAGAACUAAUGAAGUGCAAAUACUGGUCAUUCUUGAAAGCAUCUUUUAGCUACGAACCAUCAAUGUCGCAGUCAGGACAUUUCUUUGUAAUUUUUGGGAAUUUAGGCCAUUUACCAUAGAUUCAGGUGAGAAUAAUGCAGAAAAUAACUGACAUUUUUUUCUCUUCUACAUUUUACAUUUGGCACAUAGAUUUGUCACAUUGUUGCAUAAACUCAUCAUUUUGCUCGUGCAUUCAGUAAGUUUUUUCCUCUAUAAAGUGAAGGUCCCUUAAAAGUAACAAAAUCCAUUUUUUUAGAUGUCUUGUUUCCAGGGAGGGACAUUUGGACACAUUUUUAAGCCCCAUUGCCGGGUUUUUGUAUGAAUCUGGUGGCCCAAACUGUAAAGUGAAUUGCUCGGCAGCAUUUCAAGAAAAAAGGACAAAUUGCCAAGUAAUGUCUGGGGGAUUGGUAUGCUUGUAAUAUUAUUGAUAGAGCCAUUACAGUAACUUUUGUGUUUUACUUUUGAGCUUAAGAAUAAAUGUCUCCUUUUUUUUAGCUUUCUCAAGGACAGAUUAGAUGAUUACAAUGAUGACUUUCGAGAUGCACAAUCUCCAUUUCAGGUAUGCUUGUGUUGCACUCUAUAUCUACAUCGUUUGUAUUCAUUGUUAAUAAAUUACUUGUUUCCACUGUGAUGUCAUGUUGAUUAUUUUGAUGAGUAAAGUCAAGAAUCUGAGAGAUGAUAGAAGAUUAAUAUACAACUAUGUUGCCAAAGUUUAUGUAAUUGCGUUCUUUUAAACAUGGAGGAGAUAUUUACAGAAUUUUCCUACCCAGAUUUAUAGAGUUUAAUAUGGAGAUUCCAAGUUGGUGACGAGUCCAUAAAUGCUUUAAAAUACAGUUGAAACUCCCUUUAGGGUAAAUGUUAAGAUUUAGGGGGGUGUUUACAUGACACCAGGGCGACUUUCGCGCCGGAGUGAGCUCACUCUGGUUCCCUCUCAUGGCUCUACAUUUGUUUACAUGAUACCACCGCAAAAUUUCAUCCAGGCGCCAGUCACCCCGGCAUGAGUUCACCCCGGUCGUUGUACCGGGGCGAGAAUUUCACUGCGGUACGAAAUCUUGCAACAGUAUCAUGUAAACGCAAAAUGACCACAUGUUUCGGCGUGAAAUCAGUCUGCCAGUAGACUGGAACGGGUAGCGCAUGCGUAAUGUUUGCGAUUUUGAAUCUUACGUGUAUUUUAUCAACAUGAGGUGUACCUUUAAAUGACGAGAUAUGAAAUGACCCAAUCAUAAUGUAAACGCGAUACAAAAUAAAAAAAGUCAUCCCAGUGCGAGUUUUCUCAUGUAAACACCCCCUUGGAGGUCAAUUACAGGAGGUGGUUGCUUACUAGAAUCAAAUGACUUGGAAAAAUUUGAAGCUAGUCAUGUUGUUACUAAAAGGGCUUUGUAUUCUCUGAGUAACAUAGUACAUAGUGCAAACGUUAAGAUCAGACCAUGGGUCACCUGGUCUCUUUCUGGAGUUUCCAAGUAAUGGAAGAUAAUUUGUACUAACUUAAUUUAAUUUAUUUUAAUUUUACUUUAAAACUGUCAUUCCCCAAAAUACAAUGAAAUUAUGGGGAUCUGAUUAUGCGCAAACUAGCCUUAACAAUUUUCAGGACUGUCACACCAAGGAUGUGGCCAGGGAUUUUCCCUGAUGACAAUAAGCAUGAACCCUGGCUACUUUUGUAGGAAACAAAAGGAAAAUGGAGGCAAAAGAACUUCCUUCCCUUUAAAUUUUCCACCUGGUCCCAGUUGUUCAAAUGUUCAGCCUGUGAGCAAGUUCUCCUUUGGGGUGAGCAGAGCAAGCCGCUUGAGAAUGCGCGACAAGCGGCUGGGCGGGGGGAAAGAGAGCUUGCAAUGAUUUCUUAUAAAUUUGCAUUUCUACUUUGCCCAGACAAAGCAAAGCCAUUGGCUUAAAAAUUAUGCACUGUCAAUUAAUUUUGAUCGAUGACAUUCCUUGCCGUGAAUUUAGAAAAACAAUGCUUACGGAAAUCAAGAAGGUUGCUACUUUUUAUGAGGAAGGAGACUGCUCUCUCCUUUUGUGAAAGAUAACUGUGAACUGUGUCUUUUUACGGUUCAGUUUGGAUCUUAAGCCUGUGGAUUGUAUAAACCGGCAAAUCAAAAGGCUGAGAAAUGGUUCCAGGAGAACAUAUUACGAUACUAAAUCUAACCGCGUUUAUUGUGUAUUUCCUCCAACAAAAGCAGUUUAUUUCAUAUCCUAGCGGAUACAUGGAAAAUUGGUCUCCUCAUGGAAAAAAGAAAACAAUUGCAUUGGAAAGUAGUGAAUGUGAUUUCUGACAUUUGCAGUGGCUUUGAAGCGACAUGUCUCCGCUGAAUUCAAAGAAUAUUGUAGAUCAAACUCAGUUUAUAGGCAAUGACCAGAAGGUCCAGACAAGUUAUCUUCUUUUAGUAGUCUUGUCUUAGUGAGAAAUUGUAAUAUUUUGCUCUUUUUGGAAUCCUAGCAGUAUUGGCGCAUAUGGCCCAAUACAAGAAACUGAAAAGCCGCUGACACAUUUCUUCUUUUCAGUGAUAGUCUUAAUGCUUUGUGGUUUCCUGCGGUUUCCAGGCUGGAAAUAAAACUAUAUCAAACAUCAUUGCAAGCUCUCCUUUCUCCCACCCCUCGCUGUUGCCUCUCCUCUCAUGUGCCGCUCACACGUUUACUUUUCACAAUAUCCCCCAAUUGGAGAGCUUGCUCGCAGGUUAUUCAAAUGUUGGAUAGUACAACCACCAAAUAAAUCAAUAUAGAGCAGUUAAGUAUUAGGGAAUUCAUUUGCACUAUCCAGUGGAUAGAAUAAUUCACCAUAUGAACAACUGGGGCCUGCUAAUUGCAUAUUCUCAGCAAUUCGAAAUCUUAUUGACAGCCCAGAAUUUAUUUUAUUUCUCCUGUUAGGCUGAACUGCUUUCAGAAAUAGUUGCCGAAGCAUUCUCAAAACCAGUCCCUCCAUCUUUUUUCCCUGGCGAGUUUGCUAGUCCAGACUCACCUGCCGUAAAAAAGAGCAAGAAACGCGAGACUGCUAAGGACAAAGAUAAAGACAGGGAUCCCAAUGCUCCAAAGAAACCUGCGAAUGCCUUCUUCAUGUACUGUCAGCAGCAGCGUACUGUUAUGCAGGAUGAUCAUAAGGAUCCAAGUAUUGGACAUCACGAGUUAACAAAGUCAUUGGCAAAAGAGUGGAAUAAUUUGGCCACUGAUGACAAGAAGGCAUGUGUUGUUUAAACUUAUCUUAUCCAGGCUGUACUUCAGAGCUGGUCCCCGUCAUGUUCGCCAUUGAAAAACCUUUGCCACAAUAUUACAUAUUUAGAGCGGUUUUCACUUGACUGUCAAAAGUAAUUGAGGAAUUGGUUUGGUUUUGGUUUUACUACGCCCUUUGGUUGGCUAGUGUAGUCAAGUGAAAACCGCUCUAAGCAAUGGAAAAUGUUUUCUGUGUUUGCAUGGCCUGACAUAAACACGAGAGGGGUUGGGAGAAUUCUCGACAGCUAUGCAAACCCAAGAUGGAGUUGAGAGUUUGCAUAACUGUUGAGAAUUCUCCCAACCCCUCCAGUGUGUAUAUCAGGCUAUGCAAAUACAGGAAAGAAGCUUUCUACCGCUUUUAUAAAUUAACUUUCCCAAGAAAAAUCACAAAACUCUUUCUUAUUGCACUGAUUAAAAGAGAAAUUCUUACCAGCUGUGAACUCGUAGUCUUGCACACAUGAUCAGUUCUUGUUUUGCCAAAAAAAUGGUAUCCAAAAUACAGAUUUUUCUCGCUUAAAAUGUCAGCUUAAGCGAAAAAAAAAAAUUGACACAGCAUGGUUCCAAAGAUUUUCCAAGUUUCAGCAGACGAGGGAAUAGUUAAAUAAAGUAAACCUGUUUCAUUCCAUGUCCAUCCUCGUCAUCCAUGGCAACAGAAAACAGUUUCAGUGCUUAAAUAAAGUCUUAAAUUACAAUUAUUAAACUGGAUCAUUAUUUUUCAAAUUCAAGUGAUGUGCAGAAACUUUUUUUGGUUUUUAAAAGGAUAGCAAGUCGCAAGACAUAGCUCCUUUAAUGAUACAUAACUUUCUUCAUGUUUUAGGUGUAUUAUGAGAUGUAUGAAAAAGACAAAGAAAGAUAUGAAAAAGAAAUGAAAAAGUACACAUCAGAUAAAGUCCCCAAGGAGCCACCUGCAAAGAAACCAAGGACAAAAAACGCCAAGCAGAAGACACUUGCAUCUUCAUCUUCAGCAACAAAUUCAUCACCUGUCAUUGACAAAAGCUCUCCUGAUCAAAGAAGCUCAUUUGUUGUGUCACCAACAUUAAAUCCCCUCUCUCCACAGAGCUUUGCCUCCGUGCAAGUAAACAUCCCACAUAUUCCCAUGCCCAUGCCACUGAUUCCACUUGCUGACGAAGAAACUGGGUUUGACAGCUAUCAAGAGCUUCAUUCAGCAGCACAAGAUUCAUUCCUUUAACAGCUGUUUCUUUAAUAGUGGUGAAUAUCAUUGGCUAUACAUGGUCUAAAAGAAGGAAAUGCAAAUGGUACAUUAAUCGUCUGGGCCGGGUUGUUCAAAGAUGGGUUAAGAUAACCCGGGGUUAGUGUGAAAGUUGAACUCAGCCAUAAAAGCUUAAAAAAACAAAUUCAGUUUAAUUCUCUUUGCCUACAAUUUGAUGAUUGGAUACUCUAAAAAGAAUAGAGAAAAUUAUCCGGGAGAGUGCUUUUGAUAAAAAGAAAAAGAAACCCGGGUUAAAAUUUAACCCCGGGUUAGGGCUAACUGGCGUUCAAAACAACUGGGCCCUGGUCCAAGUUGUAAUUUGAUGGACAGUCAGCACAAAAUGAUAGCCUGCUGACAGGCAUUCUUGUAUGGUAUAGGGCACAAGUGCCUUGGUAGAUAAGUAAUAUUGCUAAGUUACAUUGAGAUGUGAUAAAUGUGGUUAGCGCUAACUGGCAUUCGAAACAACUGGGCCUUGGUCCAAGUUGUAAUUUGAUGGACAGUCAGUACAAAAUGACAGCCUGCUAACAGACAUUCUUGUAGGGUACAGGGCACAAGUGCCUUUGCAGAUAAGUAAUACUGAUAAGUUACAUUGAGAUGUGGCAAAGUAUUUUGUAAUGAGGAAUACA